CUGUCCUCUUUGCCCGCAGCUGACAUCAGCCUUGCAGACUGGGGUCGCAAGGCCAUUGAGAUCGCAGAGAAUGAGAUGCCGGGGCUGAUGAAGAUGCGGGAGAUGUACGCGGCGUCGAAGCCGCUGAAAGGUGCCCGCAUCGCAGGGUGCCUUCAUAUGACUGUGCAGACGGCGGUUCUCAUCGAGACCCUUUUAGAGCUGGGAGCUGAGGUCCAAUGGUCAAGCUGUAACAUUUUCUCAACUCAGGACCAUGCGGCAGCUGCUAUUGCAAAAGCUGGUAUCCCUGUGUUCGCCUGGAAAGGGGAGACGGACGAGGAGUACCUGUGGUGCAUUGAGCAGACCUUGUACUUCAAGGAUGGCCAGCCCCUCAACAUGAUUUUGGAUGAUGGUGGAGAUCUUACCAACCUGGUCCAUACCAAAUACCCACAGCUUCUGAAAGGAAUUAGAGGUAUUUCAGAGGAGACAACCACUGGAGUUCAUAACCUGUACAAGAUGAAGGCCAAUGGGACCCUGAAAGUGCCAGCCAUCAAUGUUAACGACUCUGUCACGAAGAGCAAGUUUGAUAACCUUUACGGUUGCCGAGAGUCCCUCAUUGAUGGCAUCAAACGUGCUACAGAUGUCAUGAUUGCUGGAAAAGUGGCAGUGGUAGCAGGUUAUGGUGAUGUGGGCAAAGGCUGUGCUCAGGCCCUGCGGAGCUUCGGAGCCAGAGUCAUCAUCACUGAAAUCGAUCCCAUCAACGCACUGCAGGCAGCUAUGGAAGGUUAUGAAGUUACAACUAUGGAGGAGGCCUGCAAAGAAGGCAAUAUUUUUGUUACCACCACUGGAUGCACUGACAUUGUUCAGGGCGGGCACUUUGAGCAGAUGAAGGAUGAUUCAAUAGUGUGUAAUAUUGGCCAUUUUGAUGUGGAAGUUGACGCAAAGUGGCUGAAUGAAAAUGCAGUAGAGGCUGUGAAUGUUAAGCCCCAGGUGGAUCGGUACACGCUGAGGAACGGCCGCCACAUUAUACUGCUAGCAGAGGGCAGACUAGUCAACUUGGGCUGUGCCAUGGGUCACCCGAGCUUCGUUAUGAGUAAUUCCUUCACCAACCAAGUGUUGGCACAGAUCGAGCUGUGGACCAAUAGUGACAAAUACUCUGUUGGAGUCCAUUUUCUUCCAAAGAAGCUGGAUGAAGCUGUGGCUGCUGCACAUUUGGAUAAGCUGUGUGUGAAGCUGACAAAGCUGAGUGAGAAGCAGGCCAAAUACCUAGGCUUAUCAAAAGAUGGGCCAUUCAAGCCAGAUCACUACAGAUACUGAGCAGGUGGCACUACCCAAAGAACAACAUGCAGGGAU